ACGCAGCAUUACAUCGCUGGUUAGCUGCUAGCAAACAAGAGCAGGAAGCCAUCAUGUUUCCCUCCACUCAGCGACAAAAACAUCGACCUUUUUUGGCUUAUUUACUUUUGGCCGCGUACCUUACGUCGGUGCCGGUGUCGGCCAAGCUGGACAGCCUCCGGGAAGUCACCGACGGCAACUGGGAGGACAUCCUGACCGGGGAAUGGAUGAUUGAAUUCUACGCACCGUGGUGCCCCGCCUGCCAACAGCUGCAGCCGGUCUGGAAGGAGUUUGCGGACUGGGGGGACGACAUGGGGGUCAACAUAGCCAAAGUGGACGUGACGGAACAACCAGGUCUGAGCGGGAGAUUCAUCAUUACGUCACUUCCGACAAUUUACCACUGUAAAGAUGGCGUUUUCCGCAAGUACCAAGGCGCUCGCACCAAAGACGACUUCCUCAGCUACAUCGAUGCUCAAAAAUGGAAAGCCGUGGAGCCGAUCUCCUCCUGGUUCGGGCCCUCGUCUUUUCUAAUGAACUCAAUGUCUGCUCUCUUCAAGCUCUCCAUGUUCAUAAGGCGUUGCCAUAACUACAUGACGGAACACCUGGGGAUCCCCGUGUGGGGCUCGUACGUUAUAUUCGGCCUGGCCACGCUCUUCUCCGGCCUCGCUCUCGGACUGCUGCUGGUGUUCAUCGCCGACUUUGUCUUCCCUUCGCGGCGAUUCUCCUCCCCUGACUACUACCAGAAAAAGCAAACGCUGGAUCAAGCCCGGCUAAUCCAGCAACAGGAGGAGGAGCACGAGGCAGACGGCGAGGAGGACGACGACGAAGAGGAGGAGUACGAGGACAGAGACCCGGACGGCGUGUGGAGGACGCGGAGGCGAAGAGACUCCCCCGGGCCACGCAAAGGACACGCCUUGUCGGACGACGCCCUGAGGAAGAGGGUGGCUCUUAGCCGCCAGGACAAGGAGGAGGACGAGGACGAAGAAGACGAGGAGGACUCGUAGAGCGGCGGCGCGGAGCGUCACGUGACCCGUGCUACUCGACGUGAAGUCGACCGGAGUGGGAGGAGACUCGCUCUUUGCAAAAUUGUUUACAACGCCAGGCUUCUGCCCUAUCGACCUCCCCCCUAAGAUAAGGCGCCAUCUUUUUUACCUUCUCUCUCCUCCCUCACUUCACAGGAGAACUACCCUCAUUUCCGCACCGGUGUUGUAAGUCGCAUCCACCAAAUUUUAGAAGAAAUAAUUAUUUGUACAUAUUAGACGCAUCUGGCCAUGAGUCGCAGACAUACAGUCCAGGACAAAAGUGUGGACACGCCUUCUCCUCAUUCUAUGAGUUUUCUUUAUUUUCUAUUUACAUAGUAGAUUGUCUAUGAAUGAACACAUGUGGAGUUAUGUACUUCACACAAAAAAAGGUGAAAUAACAUGAAAACAUGUUUUAUAUUCUAGUUUCUUCAAAAUAGCCCUGAUUUACUUUUUCGCUCACUCUUGGCAUUCUCUUUUUUUGUUUUGUUUUUUUUGUUUGUUUGUUUUUUGUUUUUUUUCCCCUUGGCCUCAGUCUGCACCCCUUCUCCAGGGCCCAGGCUAAGACGGAUUUUUUAAAUUUUAUUUUAAUCUUCUAUUUUUUCCUGAAGGAACUCUCCUGACGGAAUAAAUAAAGUACUAUCUAAUCUAAUCUAAUCUAAUAAACUUCAUGAGAACCCUAAAAUGGUUUUCACUUCACAGGUGUGGAGAGAAUGCCAAGUAUGUGCAAAGUGUGGCUAUUUUGAAGAAACUAGAAUAUAAAACAUGUUUUCAAUGAUAUCACUUUUUUUGUUGUUCACACAUGUGUUCAUUCAUAGUUUUGAUGUGACAAUCUACAAUGUAAGUAGUCAUGGAAAUAAAGAAAACGCAUUGAAGCAGGAGAAGUUGUGUCCAUACUUUUGGCCUGUACUGUAAAAUCGGUACAAAAGAUUUUGUAAAUCUUUAUUUACAUACCUUGUGGUGCCUGUCAGACGGCAGUAAAACGGACGAUCAUACAAAAUAAAUCAUCAUCAUGGACCCACUAGCAGAGGAAGCUCGUUCUCCAAUCAGCUAAACACACUCAAUAACUCCACGCUGAGGUUUUGGUGAAUUUACGAAACUGAAACAAUGCAAAACGAAUGCCAUUGUAAGUGAAUUAUACCAACACCGACACUUGUGUUAGCAUAUUCGCUAAUGCUAACAGCGCUAGCUUGAUUACAUUAUAAUGAAACUAAAUAUGCAUUAAAAAAAUACUUUUACAGACAGGACACAUGGGACUGUUAAGUAAGUAUGAAUUGUUUUAGAUGUAUUGUAAAAUGUACAAAUGUUGCUCGGAGUGGUGAAUGGAGAACUCUUUCUAACCAGAAACGCUAUGGCGGGAUAUACUUCCGGCACAAAAGAGGAAGUCCAUUGUCAGUGAGUGAACUGGUCGAAAAGAGGGGGUCAUUUCACAAACAAUAACAUACCAUUUCAGUGUCUGUUAGCGUAAUAUGACAAUUAUUUGUUGAAUACAAUACAUUAUGGUCAUUGGUGAAGAAAAAUCCCUAAUCUGCGCCGUUUCACAACCCGCAGGGUGCAAAGCGUUGGAAAAAAGUAGUGGUUUGUAGUCCAUAAUAUACGGUAACUUGGCUUUUUGCUGUGCAUUUUUCUUUCUUUAUCUUUCAUGUUGAACAUACAAAAUAUUAAACCGUUACAUACAUUACAUUUUCAUUGAUUUCUUCAAUUCUAAAAUACUAAACCUUAUUUAAUACAUUUCAUGAAAUAAAAAUAAUCCUAAUUUAGAUCUUCAAAUAUGAAGAAAUAAAUACAUUUUUUUUUCAAUGCAUUUAUUUCAAAUUAUGUUUGCCAAAUGAGUACAUUAUUUCACAUUUACUAAUUAAUGCAAAAUCUGUAUUGCGAAACAAUUGGAAUCUAUUUUAUCGGCGCUUGCCCCCUGAAAACAUCAGCAUUUUCGACAAGCCUUUUUAUAAAGAAAAGCAAACUUUCAGAUAAUAAAUACUGUGUGAAAAGAAUAGAAUGGAACGUAGAUAAAACAAGUGCAGUAUUUUCAUGAGGUAAUGUAAUAAUAAUGUACUGUAUUCAUCUUGGAUGGCGGACUUCUGUGGUACCUCCCCCCAGCUGCUUCUCUGUCAAACACAUAAUCGGCAGCUUCUCCAUAUUUUCAUGGAUAAACAACUGCCCUUUUGGAUAUUAUUUUAUCGUCCUCGGCUGGCGUUAUCGACUCAAUUCUGCUUCAGUAUGGCGCAGACUAGCAACGCUACGCUCCAGCUGCUUUUACACACUGUCAUGUUUUGACAAUUUCCUUCUUUAAUUCAAUGAGUAUAAUCCACUUUUUUUUCUCAUGGUUAGAAAAACCAACUCAUGUCCGUGUUUGUGAGUUAGAGCGGCUGUUUUGGUCGGAUCUUAUUGUGACACUUGGGAACCCAAUUAUUGCUCGGAGCCUAAAACAUGACAGUUAACUUGUACCCUGUAAGGUACCACUCUAUUUAUUGAAGUGGUUUAUAGUUGAUUUCAUUUUGGCUACGUUUACAUCGCGGCGUUAUAUAUACUUAAAAUAAAUUUAAAAAAAACGACAAACUCUUGUUAGUUUUUUUGUUGUUAUAUACACGCACAGAGAAUAAUCUAAGUCUCAACCAUAUUCACUCCAGAUAACUAACCACGUUUCCUCUUUAUUGUCGACACCGUAUAUCAGAUAUUUCUUUAUUUUAUUCAUUUCUUGUUACAAUUUGAAGUGUUGUCUAAUCAUCAAAGCUUGUUUACUGAUGAAGAGCGCAGUCUCGUGCUGUUUCACAAUUCAUAAAUACGGAACAAACCUUUCGUUUUUUUAAAUGAUACAAGUACAAGUUCUCCUUUUCUUUAAAAAUACAGUACAAGUACCAGAAGCUAUUGUGUUUUUUAAUCAGUGUUUUUUUAUUUUUGAAAAUAUUGUACAACUUCUCUAUUUGGUUUUUUUGAAACUCAAUUUUAUCUUCGAAAAUACAGUUCAAUAACAAGCCCUUUUAAAAAAAAAAAAAAAAACAUUUUAAUGCAGCAAAAGUUAAAGGUCUUUUAAUAAUUUUUUUAAAAAUCAGUAAAAGUACAAAAAUUAUUGUACAGAUUGUUAAAAAAUAAGACAAUGUAAAAAAAAACUGUCUUUAUUUUUUUUAAAUUCGGUAAAAGUACAAAAGCGCUGUAUUUUUUAUUUUUUUUGUAAAUACAGUAAAAAUCAAAGCGCAUAUUUUCCCAUCCAUCCAUCCAUUUUCUACCGCUUAUUCCCUUUGGGGUCGCGGGGGGAGCUACAAUCGCAUAUUUUAUUUUUUAGAAAUCAGUAAAAGUACAAAAGCUCUCUGUAUUUUAUAAUUUAAAAAAAUAUAGUAAAUUCACAAGCUAUUUUUAAUUUUAUUUUUUUUCAAAGUCAGUAAUUAUUUUUAAAAAUAUAGUACAAGCACUUUUGUUUUUAUUUUUGAAAAUAUAGUACAAGUCCUAUUUGUUUUUUUAAGCUCUUAUUUUCAUUUUAUAAAAUACAGUUCAAGUACAAGCUCUUUUAAAAAAAAAUUUUUUUUCUAAUACAACAAAUGUUUAUGGUCUUUUAUUGAUUUAAAAAAUGUUAAUAAUUAAAAGUACAAAAACUCUUUUACUGAUUUAAAAAAAAAAAAAUAAGACAACGUACAAAACCUGUCUUAUUUUUUAAAAAUCGGUAAAAGUACAAGAGCGCUGUGUUUUUUUUUUUAAAUACAGUAAAAAUCAAAGCGCAUAUUUUCCCAUCCAUCCAUCCAUCCAUUUUCUACCGCUUAUUCCCUUUGGGGUCGCGUGGGGCGCUGGAGCCUAUCUCAGCUACAAUCGCAUAUUUUAAUUUUUAGAAAUCAUUAAAAGUACAAAAGCUCUCUGUAUUUUAUUAUUUAAAAAAAUAUAGUAAAUUUUAUUUUUUUUUCGAAGUCAGUAAUUAUUUUGAAAAAUAUAGUACAAGCACUUUGUUUUGUUUUUAUUUUUGAUAAUAUAGUACAAGUCCUAUUUGUUUUUUUAAGCUCUUAUUUUUAUUUUAGUUCAAGUACAAGCUCUUUUUAAAUAAAAAAAAAAAGGUUGUUAUGUUCAGUCUUUUAAUUAUAAUUUUUUUUUAAAUCAGUAAAAGUACAAAAACUCUUUUACUGGUUUUUAAAAAAAAAAAUAAGACAACAUACAAAACCUCUCUUAUUUUUAAAAAAUCGGUAAAAGUACAAAAGCGCUGUUUUUAAGUUUUUUUUGUAAAUACUGUAAAAACAAAGCGCUUAUUUUAUUUUUUUAAAUCGGUAAAAGUAAAAAAGCUCUCUGUAUUUUAUUAUUUAAAAAAAAAAAUACAGUAAAAGUACAAGCUAUUUUUUAUUUUAUUUUUUUUAGGUCAAUAAAAGUACCAAAGCUCUGUAUUGUAUUCUUUUUCAAAAUACAGUAAAAGUACAAGCUCUUUUUUUAUUUUUAAAACACAAUACGAGUACAAAAGGUUUCUGUAUUUUGUCAUGUUUAAAAUACAGUACAACAGUAACUUUUAAAGUUAAAAUCAUAAGAUUUAUUUGAAAUGAGGGAAAGUUUUAACACAUGUGAACUUUAAAUGCAUCCUUGUAACAAAAGUACUGUAAAUGUUUCCUGAUGUCAAAAAGCCAGUGUGUUAUUGUUUUGACCACAUUCUCAUUUUCUUUGAGUUUUUUUAUCUCCAUAUACAUCAUCAACAAUACUCUUGAAUUAUUAGCGCCAUUGUUGUUUGAUUGUGAGAUUUUGUAGCAUUCAUACUCAUCUUUUAUUAAACAACUUGGAAACAUG